ACGAAAUCGAAAGGGCGGAGAUGGAUGCGUAUGUAAGGGUACCCCUACGUCAAGAUCUUUGAGAACGAAGAUAACACGUUCUUAAUAUAUCACCAUCGGGGCGCUAGCGGUGGCCUUGAAUCUCCAGAUUUCAAGAAUUUUCGUCUUGACAAUCAACCAGAUCUGGGGAUUCUUGCUGAUGCAGCCUCGUGUCAAUUCAACCAUGCCCGAAGAGAAGAAGCACCAAGGAUCUGGACUAACACCUAAAGAACUUGAAAUCCUCAUGAUCUCCCACAGCAGUUCUUUCGUCCCUUUCCUCCAGUACCAACCAUGUCAGCUACAACUCCUGAUGGCGGAACAACUCUGAUCGACAGCAAGUCCAACCUCGCACUCACAAAGAGCGAUAACUCUAGUGGUGAUGCUGAACUUGCCGCCUCUGCUCAUGUCGAAAAACCCCCUCAAUCUUCAGGUCCACCUCCCUUUCCCGAAGGUGGCCUCAAAGCGUGGCUAACAGUUCUUGGCGGGUCUAUGGUACUUUUUUGCACCUUCGGCGCGGUGCAGUCUUUUGGUGUAUACCAGGCAUACUACUCUUCGCAUUACCUGUCAGAAUAUGUCGCGAGUGAAAUCAGUUGGAUUGGUUCAGUGCAGACCUUCUUACUGUUCGCUGGAGGUUUACCCGCUGGAAAGCUAUUUGAUGAAGGGUACUUCCACCACUGCAUAGGAGCAGGGUCGCUCAUUUACCUGUUCUCGAUAUUCAUGCUAUCGCUCGCCAAACCCCAUCAGUACUAUCAAAUAUUCUUGGCACAAGGUAUUGGAAUGGGCAUUGGAAUGGGGCUACUUUUCCUUCCGGCAAUAUCCGUCACUUCUCAUUAUUUCCGGCGGCGACGUGCUGCCGCCAUGGGUGUAGUUUUGGCUGGCUCAUCGCUCGGUGCCGUCAUCUAUUCCAUCAUGCUUAAUAAUUUGUUCAAUGGCAGUGCUGGGUUUGGGUGGGGAGUGAGGGCUGCUGGUUUCAUCGAUCUUGGACUCCUUGUAACCGCAAACUUGCUCAUGAAAACUCGUUUACCCAGUCGGAGAGAGCGUCCGAAUGCGAAACCUGUUGAUAUUAAACCAAUACUGUCCGACGUUGGGUUCUGGCUAUGUGUUAUUGGUGCUACAUUGACAUUCUGGGGCCUGUUUGUUCCAUUCUUCUACCUCCAAGUCUUUUCAGAGGAUCACGGACUGUCGAAGAACAUUGGUUUUUACGCGAUUCCCAUAAUGAACGCUGCUUCAAUAUUCGGAAGGACGAUCCCGAACUUUUUAGGCGACGUCAUUGGGCCAUUUAAUGUGAUGAUCCCAUGCACUGUCAUAUCUGGAGGGUUAAUUUACCUCAUGUUCGCGGCCACAAACCUUGGCGGUACCAUUGCUUUUGGUAUCUUGUACGGUUUCUUCUCUGGCGGUUUCAUAUCCCUCAUCACUCCCGCUGCCGCAUCGUUUUCGAGAGACCUCAAUGAAAUUGGCACUCGCAUAGGCAUAACUUCCUUUGUCAUUGCCUUUGCACUCCUCACGGGCAAUCCUAUCGCUGGUGCAUUAGCGCUAGUCGAUGGCUCUUACAUCUGGUACAGACCACUUGUCUUUGCUUCUGUCGUCGUGUUGGCAGGUGCCGCCUGUCUCACCGCUUCGCGAUCCAUGCUGUCCAAGCGCAAGAACACCAACAGGUUAUGAUAACGAUUCGUACACUCCCACGACAUACAGGACUUCGCUAGAUAACAUUCGAGAACAAUUUUGACGACCAGACUCGGACUGUACCAUACGCGCCGCCAAGACUGAGGUGGCAAUGACUUUCACGGACCUUCUCAAAUUCUUGCCCCAGUCAGCUUGUAAUUGAUUGAUAUUGCAGGGUUAUUAAAUUUCGUUUGAUUGUAUAUCCCGCUCUAUCACAUCUUGUUUUUUUGCAUCUUCAUGUAUAUCCAUACGCCUUAUGUAAUUACUUGCCUUUGCCAGCACAGCGUUUCUAAUAUGCUCACAUGUUAUACUCGUGA